UCUGUGCCUGGGUGUGUCUCUGCUCUGUAACACGAGAGCCACAUGACCAAUAGGAAGGCAAACCGUGUACAAGUUAGAAUUCUUCCGCAAACUUUAUCAGUUUUUGCUGUGUUGUAAGAAGAGAGGCCACAGUCCAACAGCACUGGAAUAGAGCUGAUCAGUCUAAAAGCAGCAGCAAAGAUGGCAGAGCAGCUACAGAAGCUUGUGGCCGAGAGGAAGGACAUGGUGGAGACGGUCAUGGAAGUGUUCGAACAGGGAGCCGAAGUGGUGGCCAGCAUCGCCGGUGACCUCUUCCCUGUUUUCUCCAUCGCUGCUCCAAUUGUCAAACUGGCUCUGGACAACGUGGAAAGCAAAGAGGCUGUAUUCAUGAAGGAGCAGUUCCAGAAGGUCCGUGAGCGCCUGGAGGUGAUCUCCGAGGAGAUUCAGCGGAUCAACGACGAGAUCAAGAAGAGCAGCGUGGAUGCUGCAUAUUUCUCUGUUGAGGAAAACAUCACCAACCAGUUCAGGAAGUACAUGGACAUCCUCAACGCCAAGCCCAAGUUCCGGGAGGUGAAGAAGAAGCUUUUCCUAGAGCAUUUCGCCAAAACCGGUGGUGACAAAAACCUGAACACCCUCUACAGCGCCGUGACGGGAGAUAACUUCUCGGGGGAAUCUGUACUGGAGAUCAUCGUGAACUACGAGGAGAAGAGCCGCCGACCGAUGGAGGACUUCUGCGCCCGGCUCAAGAAGCUGUUCUGCGUCGGGCUCAUUGCACUGCUGGGCCACGCUGCUCUGAAGGGAUACGACGAGGAGGAAGCGCUUCUGAAGGACUGGGGGGAGAAGAUGAAGUCUGUGCAGGAAAGAAUGAACGCCGUCAUUGAAGAGUGCAUUGUCGGAUUCUCCAAACAAGCCGAGCUGGAUUCUCGACGACUGGUGAGAGAUCAGGCACACUUGACCAGCCAGCAGCUAGCGGAUGCCAUCGUAGAGAAACUGAAGAAGAAGUACGACUGGGUGGGCUGGUCCGUGCGUAUUUUCAGGUCACCCUCAGGCCUCUUCGCCAACAAGAAGGAUUACCACUGCCCGACCGGGAAGAGCCGCUUCCAGGUGCCAUCCUCAGACGAGAAGCUCAAUGUCUGGGUGUCCUACAGCUCCUCAGCGGAGCCUGUGGACAGGAACCACAUCCAGCAGCUGGUCCAGACUCAGAAGAAGCUCACAGUGGUGGGUGUGGCGGAGCUCCUGUUUGAGAAGCUGCCUGGCGACUGCGUGGUUCACACGGUCAAGACCAGCAAAGACCUGGCCUGCUCCUGGAGCUUCACCGACGAGCUGCACUACUGGGAGGAGCACAAGAACUUCUAUGUCUGCGUUCACUCAGCCUGAAGUCUCAGACGCUGGAAAAACUCUCAGAAAUCAUUCUAUGUUUAGAGGCUACUCACAUUUGCACAUACAAUCGCAGACGACUGCUGCCUCUCUGCUUGGCCUUAACAGUGAAUUAUUACACAAUAUGUGCCUUAAUUGCAACCCUCUGAUAGCCUUUUUAUACUGAAUUAGUUUCUUACUUAAAACAUUAAUAGUCAGUUUCUUUCAGACAUAAUUCAUUCAACCUUUAUUUAAACUUGAGAGAUCAUUGAGGGUCGACUCUCUUUUUCAACAUGGAGUCAAUUCACACAAACAAAGAGAAAAAAAGAAAAACACGAAAUAGAAAAUUGAAAUGUAAAUUUACCCUCUGAACUCCAAGCACUUUCUGGUUGAUUUUUGUUUGUUCCUGUCACACUUUUCGUCACUGUGAGCUCAUUUUUCACUGAAUUUUGAAGUCCUGCAUCUCUGUGGAAAAGUACAACCAUGAAUAUAAAUGUCUUCUGUGCAGUAUGGCACAGCUGAAUUGCUGUAAAUCAGAAAAGUCGGAUUUACAAAAUUAUUCCAUUUUUAAAAACUGAAUGAAUUAAAAGCAUGUGCAACAUUCUUCCAGGUGCCCACAGGUGUUACCAAUAAUGGAAAAAUAAAUGGUGGCACAUACAAUAGAUAUUAUACUACUUACAGUUAUAUGUUGUUUCCAUAUUUGCUCUGUGAAAACGCUGCCUGUAUGUCAGCCAAAAAGUCCCUGAAUUUUUGUCACAAGACUGUUGGUCACAGCUGACUCAAUAAUCGCUUCACAGUUGUGACAAAGAGCACAGGUUUUUUACAGGAUGUGGUGACAGCAAAAGCUUUAUUUUUUGCAAUUUUUUAAAUGUACACAAGUGGAAGAAAGUGAUGAAAUAUCCCAAUUUUGAGUUUAGAUUUGGUUAAUUUUGCAGUGGAAAGCCAUGUCAUAAAUGAGUAGUUCAAGGACAGUCGGAAAGUUGAAAGCCAAACAUUUUUGUUUGUUUUUAUAGUUUCUGACUCUAAUAAUUGGUGUAAUUUUGUAGACAAAACAAAGAAAAAACAAAGAUGACAUGCCUUUUAAACCUGUGGGUUUUUGGGGUUCAGAUGAUAACAUAGUUAUAUAAGAGACCCCAAAACUUGAUAGUGGGGCAAAUUUUUAAUAAAAUAUAGUAAAUAGUUAGUAGUAGUAGUUAAAUAUAAUAGUUAUGUUGUGUUAUGUAAGUCAGUCUUGUUGCAGCUGGACGUGUUGGGAAAAUUGCUGGUUUGAGUGCAGCUGUCCUGCAGAGAUUACAUGUGCGCUGGUGGUGAUAAGUGGCGACCUCGCCCUGCUGAGGACAUUUAAACCACAACCAGGAGAGAAAAUGGCUCCAGACCUUUGCACAGAAUAAAAUGGAGGCCUUCGCUUUGAUUUUGGUGGCUCAGAAACAGUAAAUCCUAUUACUUGCGUCUGUCCGAGCAUUUAUUAGCGACAUUUUCUGUGGCGAAACAUGAAACUUUAUUCACACACCCUGUCACGAACAUGCCGAGGCGUGGACACGGCAGCUCUUUGUUUAUAUGCCGAUGCUUUGCUGUUCCCGUGUCGCAGCCUCACCUGUGUGGUUGUGCAACUCAGACUGGAAGCUCACAACCUGUAACAUCAUUUACUCUGAAGGUUUACUGAUAUUAAGGAACAAACUGUCGCGUUUUGGGGGUUUGGGAUCUUUUGAGAUUUUUUUUUUUUUAUAUAUCAGAAUUAGUAUAAUCGAAUCAAAACAUGCACACUAACAGAUAUAUAUGACAGGGACACUGCUGUUUGGAUUGUUCUAUACAUUUUGUGUGUCAUGCACCACUGUAGUCUGUGUGCUUCUUUGUAUUGUUUGUAUGUUAUUAAGUGGGAUAUAUUCCUUUGAACAUUUGAAUAUCUGACAAAAACAAGCAGCAAAAAUGAUUGCACAUCUGUUUGUUGUUAUUUCCAUGCAGCAGAUUUGGGUCUCUUCAGCAUCUCUGAAUUAAAGUUAUGUUGGUACACCAAAGCAGUGAAUGUAAUAAAUCUUCCAAAUGAACUCA